UCCUCAUCCUCACCAUCACACCUUUGCCUUCUGCGCAAACCCGUCACUGGCUCCCCUCGUGGCCUAACCUAGGUAUUUACUUCAUCGAGGGUCGGCACAUUGGUCCUAUCUCGGGGCAACAGCUCAAUCUGCGGCGAUUGAAUCCCAUUGAAUCCCGUUGAAUCGCCGAACUCGACUGAAUCCGCAUACAUCAAGCGCGCAACGCGAACAAUUGGCCACCUUAGACCCACGAACCCUCCAAUUCGACCUUUAGCUGCGGCGAUUGCUGCGAUUGCCGCGCUUGCUGCGAUUGCUGUGAGCAAUGGCAGGCAUCGAUCCACGGCGGUCUUCACGCGCCCGAACCACGCAGCCACAGUCAGGGUCACAGCACUCGUCUACCCCCUCGAGUACCUCUGGCCGUCCCGAGCGAAACACCAGGUCCUUCAGCAAGGCAGGGUCGCCUCAGAAGUCGACUCCAAGCGGUUCACUCUCCUCGGAGCCCCUCGAGGACACCAUCACUGCCGAAGAUCCCCUCGCCACGCGCCGCCGUACUCGCGGUAACGGAGAUGAGCGCGACAAGGCACCACCUACAAAGCUAGAAUCCGUCGAGAUGCCGAAUGACGACGACGAUAUUCAGGAGGAGGACGAGGCAGUCCGAUGCAUAUGCGGCUUCGACGACUACCCCGGCCCCCCUCCGCUCGAAGAUGACUCGAAACCCAGCAGCGUGAAGGAUGCAACGGUCGUCGACCCCAUAUUCACAACCGACCUUACCGACGAUACCGCCGGGUUUUUCGUGCAAUGUGACAUCUGCAAGGUGUGGCAGCAUGGCGCCUGCGUGGGCAUCAUGACCGAAGAAUCCAGCCCCGACGAGUACUUUUGCGAGCAAUGCCGCAAGGACCUACACAAGAUCUUCGCUGCUAAGAAUGGGCAACGAUACUCGCACUACCUUCCCCUCAAACGGCAGUCGAGGAACACCUCUCGAGCUGCGUCGCUAAUCAAAGAAGGAACGAGAUCGCCGAGGGGGGAGAAAGAGAAAGAUACCAAGGAGCCAAAAGAAACACGAAAUGGACGGAACUCGUCGGCAACCCACUCAGCAUCAAAGCGGAGAUCGACAAUGAACAGUCGAGAGGCGGCCUAUGACGAGGCCGAGGCCAUACGCCGUGCUAUUGAGGCCAGUAAAGAAGACGCUCAGCCAGAUCAACCCGAUGGCAGUGUGAGGAGAGCAAAGCGCGGCCGGAGUGAUAGCGAAGAGAAGCCAGAGAGUGCGAAAAGACAGCGGACGAGCUCGCGAUCCCUCUCCCCUCCGCCGGACGGGUCGGGCGACGAUUCAGACGACGCACUGUCGAAUUCCAAGACGGGUUCGUCCAAGUCGAGGCCUCGCAACGGUGCGGCAACAAGGAAUCAACGCCCCGAGAAACCAGUCGAGAGGGAUGAGCGGGAUCGCCAGCCGCCCGAACCAGCGAACAAACGGAAAGGGAGGUCCGAACGUCGUCAAGCUGAUGGUACCGCCUCAACCCCCAACAGCACCAUUCAAGUGAAGGCAUCCGAAACUCACGCGGACACAGACUCAGAUCCUUCGGAAGAAAUGCCGCUGGCAGCUCGCACGACCGGGACCCGGACAGCCAUGGCAAAUUCAAACGCUACAAAUCCUGGUCCGGAACCCUCACCCCCCCAGUCAGCGGAACCGCCGCCACCACUCCCGCCUCCACCUCCGGCGCAAGCUGCUGCUGCUCCCGAUACACCCCCAGCGAACCCACCGCCGUCAAGGGUUGACAGGAAGAGGUCUCACAAGAAGAAGGGCCGGAACCAGUAUACACGGGAUAGAGAUGGACACGAUGAAGAUUCGCCUGCCAGAUCCCAGUCGAGGGAUAUUCAGAGAGAGGAUAAUGGUGGAGGAGGUGCUAGUGCUGCUGCUACUGCUACUGCUGCUGCAGCGGUAAAAUCCACAGGUGGAGAUGGCGGUAGCAAGUCGGGGACGAAGAAUAAAGGGGGGAUGAGCGGCAAAAUCACCAUGACCGACCUGAAGAGAAGAGCAACAGCGCUGCUAGACUUCAUAUCGCGGACCCAGGUCGAGCUGGCCGGCGAAACACUAUCCGGGAGCGAGGACGCCGCCGGGGACAAGGCCGACGGCGAGUCGGCGUCGCCAAGCGACAAGAGGCAGCCUGACGUGGUUGGCGACAGACCAGCGCCGGACCUCAACGGAGAGGCAGGCCAGGCCAAGGACUUCAAGGACCUGAACUGCAUGGAGAUGAUGGACAGCCUGACGCGCCGCCUGGUCAAGUGGCAGCAGGAAUACGCUGCGUGAGAGACCUUGACGAGCGAGUUAUCUGGGAUCGAAUUACACGAGCUGGGCGUUUGAUGGCAGAGCGGGCAGGCGCUUCUCUCGAGUGGUCAAUGAGUUAACGAUGGUGGAUUAUUAUUAGCUGCAGGGCGUUUGGUUGUGGGUUUUGGUUUUGGUUUGGGUCUGGGCUGUAAGCGUAAUGCACACAUGUAUCGUUCUUUUCCCGGGUAUCCACCAGGUGAGCCCUGCUGGAGCAGGGAAAUUUAUUCUGGGAUAUCUUCUUCUCAUGUCUCCUGUCUUGAUACCCGAGAUGAACCGGGGGCGCCAUAUGCCGGAGUGUAUGCGUUGGGGGUCGAGCAUGAGAAGCUUGUGUACCAACAAAACGAGACGUUUAAUGUAAAUCGGCUGAGCUGGAGGGGGUAUAUAUAUCUAUGAUCUUAGAUCUGCCGUACUUAUACAUGUAUGUACUGUACAAUGAUGUUUUCGUCUCC